AUGUUUUGGACGAGGAUGUUUUACUGCACGAUUACGACUCUAGGCUAUGUGAUGAUGGCUCUUUAUACCUCCAAUGAGCUUUUGCUUUUCCCUGGUCUGGUGUUCCUCGCUUGGUCUGGACUAGCGUACUUGGUCAUCAACAAUGUUUGCGUCUCAAUAAUGGGCAGAUUCGCUGGAGUCUCCGUUAUCAUCUUUUCCGGAACGUUUGAUGCUUCUAGCGCCACUUUUCUCGUCCUCAGCAAAAUGACCGGCACUUUCGGGAAGGGGCAAAAUUGA